UACGGGCCAAGAAAUGAAAAUGUGAAUUCGUCUGCUAUACCGCUAGUGUCGUCUGGUGGGGAACGGCGACAACUCUCUUAGAUUUCGUCGUCUUUCUCAACCAACAUGGUCUCCACGUACGUACGGGCAUGUCCGUACCAAAAAACGUCGCAUUUCUAGCCUUCUCAUUGGCUCACAGGCUUCAGAGGGACGGGCAAUUUAUUUUUUGUUUUGUUUUUCUUUCUCGGUUUUUAAUGGCCGCCUGCUUUCAUUAAAAAUGGAUGGAAACGUCAUUUUUAAAAAGGUGCCUACUGCUCGCGAGUUAAGAAGAAAUGCACGCAGAAGAGAAACAACUAAAAAAAGAAAGGAAGCCGUGAAAGCCGAGGGUGAACCCUCGUCAAGACCUCGUUGUUUGGGUGCUUUGCGUUCACCAGAAAAUAGUGAAUCUACAAAAAGGAAGAAAACAGCUAAAUCAUUAGCUACAAAGAAACCUCGCAUGGAUAAUCCUGAUAAUAGUGUUAGUUCUCCUUCUGCAAAUGUGUUUUCAACUGCAUUGGAAAGUGAUAUUACUCAACUUGAUGAUAGGUUUGAUGUUUCCCGUCAAGAAAAGCUUGCACAAAGUGGUGAACAAUUGUUGAAAAUGAUUGUUGAUGUAACAACUAUUUUUAAUGAUAUUCCUUCAAGCUGCUACCCAGAAAAUGAAAACGCAAAGGGUGCUUCUUGGGCAGAAAGAAUGGAAAACAUGGAUUCUUUGUGGGAGGGAGUCAGAGAAUCUGUUUACGACAAUUUCCUUUCAAAGCAGGCUUAUCCAUUGGUAAUUCAGUGUGAUAACUGCUCGCAGUCACUUUCUGGAGGGAGAGCUAUCAGGUGUUUGACAUGCAAAAAACAUUAUUGUGGGGACUGUGAUUUUUCCUUUCAUGCCCAGCAACCAUUUCAUAAUCGAUGGUUAGUUUCCAGCGAUAGUUGGUACUCCUUGAAAACUAUGGAAUUUGUGGAUUCCACUGGGAAACUCGUAGAGAAAGAUGUUCCAGUCCCCUGUUUUAAACCCCAUCAAUGUACUUUGUGUGGUUCACCUGCUGUACACAUUGAAUCAGGAUCUCGUGUAGUAAUCGUCGUCACUUCAGAAGGGCGUUUUGAAUGCAAGUCAUCUAUAUUCUCAUGCCUGGAAUGUCACGCCAAAGUUGAUGCAACUAUUCACGAAUAUGUCCAAUCCAAUUUCAUGCCAGGGAAUCCAAAGGCUCUCAACUUUUUAUAUUCCGUUGAGGUUUUGAGACUGUGGUAUCUUAUUAAGCAUAAUUUACCUAGCAGUUCAGAAAAAAAAUUUUGGAGUGCCUAGAAGGAUUAUCAGAAGACAC